ACUAUCACGUGCUUGUCUCGUGAGAACUUAGUUGUAAAGAAAAUGGCGUCUCCACAAUGGAAGUCAAGACGGCGCGAUUAUGUUAAAGAAAUUGGUGCUAUCUCGAUGCCAAGGGAUAUUGUAACCAAUCAUCCUUUGAAGUUGUCUCUCGUUGUAUCGUCCUCCAUUGAAACAAAAACUGGUAAGAAAAAGGAAUCCAAAGAUGUUGAUCCAUUGUCAACGACUUUACCCCAGUCAGAAGCUUGGAUCCGCUAUCAAUGUUUGCUGAAGAAAGUGCAAAUACAGGAAGUUCUGGCAAAACAAACGUGUCUCCAUUAAAUAAAAAUGAUUCAGUGGAAGUUGCUUUGGAUGAUUUUGCUCUUGAACCAUGGUCAAGCAAAAGAUUGGGAAUCUUAAGCAAGUAUACGACAUCAGAAAAGUUGACGAUAACCACUAGUUUCCUCUCGGAUAACGACAAAGUGAUCAUGAAACAACAGACAACAAUGAGUGAUAAAGUAAAACAUAGAAUUGGAGAAUUACAAGAUCUGGAAGAGGGUUCCAUUAAAGAACUGUUAAACUUGAGUCAGCAGGAGUUUGUGAGAAGAAUUGAACAAUUCAAUCAGGAGUUGAUUGCAGCAUGGGAAAGCGAACAGAAAGUAAAAGCUUUGAAAAUUGCUAUUCAGUGUGCCAAGAUGCUGGCCAGCGUGAAUGUUAUUGGAUUUUAUCCCAGUAAAUUUGUUCUUAUCACGGAUGUUUUGGAUACGUUUGGUCGCCUUGUUUAUGAAAGAUUGUUGCGCAAGUCGGCAACGAUCGUUCCUGGAACGAAGAUAAUAAAGUUGCUGCCAGAAAACUUCAUAUCUGAAGACGUAACCGAUGUUGCUAAAGAAACCUGUCGUAACUGGUUUUACAAGAUUGCUUCAAUUAGAGAACUGAUUCCACGAUUUUAUGUUGAAACAUCAAUUUUAAAAUGUCUACGUUUCCUCACUACUGGAGAAUACGAAGAUGCAGUGGUGCGAUUGACAAAAAUGAUUCGUGGUAUAGGAGAUCCUUUGGUGGCUACAUACGCUCGCUGUUACAUCUGUAGAGUCGGAAUUCUUGUCGCUCCAGAAGCGAAAAGUCAUCUACGUGGAAGUCUUUUGGAUUUCUUCUACACUUAUAAACAGCUGCAAACAGACGUGGUUCAAAAUACUUUAGCAAAACAGAACAUAAGUCCGUCCGAAUAUCUUCAACUUUAUACACCAGCCUUAGACUGGAUUGUUCAGUGUAUUGCUUUCAAGUCACCAGAGGAAGUCCUGACUGAGAUUUUAAAUCAUUGUCGUAAAGAUUGUAACAGUGCGCUUAUUUUGAACUCGAUUGUAUCGGCAUUUCGUCCUUCUUAUACCAGUGCAAGAGCGUUGGAGUUUGUUAAAAUUAUAUCAGAAUGCGAAGAUGCCGGUUUCCCAAAGUAUCAACUCUAUCGUUCCUUGGGAUUAAAUGUCAUACUUGAGAAACCACCAGAAGCACACAGACUUCAAUUGUUGAACGAAGUCUGGAAAGUCGUUACAAAAUUAAACUCUCCAGAGGAAUACAUUUCAUGUGCGGAGAUUUGGGUUGAGUAUCCCAUUAAAUAUUUUGGAAAAAGGGAAAUUGAUACCUUAUUGGGUGAUAUAUUGAAACAUCUUAAUGUCGACAGAUUAUUUGAGAAGUAUUACCAACAGUUGUUGUCUAUACUAUCAAAAGUUCUCGCUGGUCUUCACGAUUUCUCCGUUUUGUUUUCAAUGAACAAUUUUCACAGUUUUUUGGACAUGUUUCAAAAGGAAUCUGUAAAGGCAGAUGCUUGUCGUUUGAUCAUGGAGUCAUUUUGCAGAUAUCAAAAGGAAACAACAGAUGAUCCCGUUAUUGUAAAUGGUCUUAUGUUUGUUUCCAAGAUUCUUCACGAUUCCGUGAGUUCAUUGAGUACGACAGAUGAGAAGCGAGCCAUUGGUCAGUUAGUCACUGGUUUCGUGAGGAAAAUUGACUAUGGUCGUGAUUUUGAAAAACAGCUCAAUUUCUACGUCGAAGCGCGAGCCAUGUUUUGUAACUUGGAUGCGGUCCUUGUUUGCCUUGUACAGUGCGUCAACUUGUUGUCAAUGAAAACGAGGAAAAUUAUGAAAGGGAAACAUUCGAGAAAAACGGCUGCUUUUAUACGAGCUUGUGUCGCUUAUUCAUUUAUAACAAUACCGUCGAUUGAAGAAAUUUUCAACCGUUUGACAUUAUACUUGGAAUCUGGGAAAGUCGCUUUUGCCAAUCAAGCCCUCAGUCAAGGCGAUGCUUUCUUGAAAGCUGCUAUUAGUCUUAUUGUUGAAGUGCCAAAAACGAUUGAAAUCGACAACAAGACGAAAAUGAGCGAACCUUAUCUUGUUUCAUACGUUAAUAAUUUUCUUUCUUUUCUGCUGGUUGUGCCGGACCAUCCUGAUCAAGGCGUGUUGUAUUUAGUACGUGGUUUGCUUAAUGUCGUUGAAGAUUUCGUGUGGGACAGUCAAAAUGACUCCAAAAUCAAAAUCUAUCUUAACGUGAUUUGUUUAUUGAGUGCCAUGACUCAGGAUUUGUAUCUUUAUCAUAUGGAAAACGUUGUAUCCAAUGAUGACUUGUAUGGCAGUGACAAAAAGUUCAUUGCUGAAGUACAUAAAAUAAUAUCUACUGUUAUUGAUGACAUACUUCAACAUUUAAAGACAUUGGUUAACCCAGAGAUGAAGAAGCGUCAAGGACAACUUGCAAUGGAAUUUUUAAUAGGGUGAUUAAUUGUGGAGAUUUAUCAGAUGCAGAAAUGAGUAAAUUUGCAGUGAAUCUAUGGAACUUGGUGCAAAAUAACGGAGAAAAUGACUCUAGAUUAAUGGGUAGAACAUAUGAAUAUGUAAAAAGAAAAGGAAAAUCAAACACGGAUAUAGCAACUUUACUUGGUAAAUUGUCCCUUGAUUCGCGAGGGUGAAAGGUUUGGAGACGAACAUAGACAUGACAUAUUUUUGCUACUAAAUAUUACAUCCCCCUAAAAAAUAUGUAUGUAAAUUAUAAAAAGUUGUUAGACAGAAAUUAAAAAAGUAUUACUCCUUAAACUAA